AUGUCGUGGACUAGUUGUAAUAAACGGUAUAACCGCAGCACCGCAAAUUAUGAAAUCGUUGACAAAGUAAAGAAGAAGUUAUUCAUGGCCUGUAAAGAGACCGAAAACUUUGAAGAAGGUGACAAAAUACUUACCGCGGACUGCGCAGAAAAUGUAAUUGUUUGUAGCAACGGCAACGGACAUGCUCUAAAUUGUGAAGAAGAAGGCAAACAAACAUUAACCGAAAAACGCGCUAUAAUAUCGUCACCAGAAGCCAAACAGGUAACCGAAAUAACCCAAAAAUUUUCCGAACCAGGUCAUGGAAAUGUGCAGGAGAUCGAUGCAGUACACAGUCUAAUUGAACGAAAUCUUCGGCAUCAAGAAAUAUUCCGCCCGUUGUCAUUAAUGAGAGCAUUUUUAAAAAUUAAAUCAAAGGCUCUAACAUUUAAGUUCCUCCAGAUGGUCGAUGACGACUUCCACUGUUACCACGAAGAAGCUGUUAAGUAUGGAUUUAACCAAAUACCAUUCUCGAAAGUAAAGGCCAUUACUUACAAUAAAUAUAAAUGGAAUAUAUUGCAAUACAAAACCAGUUUCCAAGGGCCCACCACGUCCGUAGACAUCAAUAAAAAUAUAUUCAUAUCUUAA